UCGUAGUCAUAUAUCUAUUGACGCGCGACGAUCAGGGCCAUGCUCUACUAUUACUAUUACUAAGUAUUAAUUAUUUACUGUAUAAUUGUCCGACAAGUGUCAGAGUGUGCUCAUACACCGUCGUUGUCGCCCGUCGGUAAGUACCUACCUACACUUCCGUCAAUCCGUCAUCCGUGUACGCGGCAGAGCAACCAGCAAGGGAUCAGUUUUUUUCAAAUUUAUAUUUCUUUCAUUUGCAAAUUUUAAAUAUGGAGUACGACAUUGCUGAUUUGAAUAACGAUUUGAAUGGCGAUAAUUGGUCAAUCACAGUGCGUGUACUAAAAAAAUCCAAUAAAAUUUCAUAUCAAAAUGAACGUGGCACUGGAAAAUACUUUACAACAAUAUUAAUUGACAAAACUACUGAAAUAAGAGCUAAGGCUUUUGGAGAUGAUUGUGACCGUUUAUUUUUACAACUUCAGGAAAAUAAUGUUUACAAUAUUAAAAAUGGAAAAAUACAAUUAGCAGAUAAGGAAUACAACAAUUCAAAAAAUGAUUAUGAAAUAUUUUUUAAAGAAACAACAAUUAUUAUAGAGCAGUUUGGAUUUACUGAUAUUCCCACUCAUCCACAGCUUAAAACUAUUGAAAAUUUUUGGUCAAUGGACAUAAACACUUUAAUUGAUACGAUUGGAGUAAUUAUUAAGAUAGAAAAGUCAAAGGAAAUUAAAAAAAAAAACUCUAAUGAUACAUACAAAUUAAGAGAUAUCAUACUAAAAGACAAAACUGGAUUUAGCGUUACCGUUGUUUUAUGGGAUACAGAAGCUAUUAAUUUUAAUGCCAACGAAGGGGAUAUUAUGUCAAUAAUAGACGGACAAAUUAUUGUUUUCAAAAAUGUCAACAAAAUAAGUGUGACUGGAUCUUCAGAAAUCUUAAUUAAUCCUCGUUGGAAGGUAACUGAAGAUCUCCAAAGCUGGUAUAAAGAGUUUGAAAAAAAAGAACUUUUAAAUCUAUCUCAAAUGUCUAUCGGUUCUCAAGAACAUAAUACGUCUGAAAUAUCUCAAUGUAAUAGAAAUAAAACUAUAAACGAACGUAUUUUGCAAGAAAACAUAAUUGAAGAUUAUCAGAUUUCUGAGAGAUUACUGAAACUGCACGAUGAAGUAAAUAAGAAACAAAAAGAAAUAACGGAUUUAAAUUUUAAGAAACAACGACUUUCAAACGAACGAGAGAGCCUUUUGGAAAACUAAUUCUAUAAUAGAUAAUAUUUUUUUUUAAAUUUUAAUACAUUUCAUAUUAUUCUCAAUUCGUACUCUCUUCUGAAUUAUAAUAAUAAUAAUACAUUUUAUUAUUUUCUGACGAUGCAAAAAUUUACAAAUCUAUUACUUCCCCUGAUGAUAUUAAACUUCUUCAAAGUGUUUUUCUUCAUUUAACGAUUGGUGCAUUUCAAAUAGCCUUUCAUUAAAUAUUGACAAAUGCCAAAUUGUUACUUACCCCAAAAAGCACAAUUCCUUGCAUUUUAAUUAUCAUAUAUGUGACAUUAACUUGCAUCGUUCGUCUUGGAUUAAAGAUUUAGGGAUUUUAUUUGAUUUCUUACUGUUACUCAAUGCUCGUAUAUCAGCGAUUAAAAAUAAAUCUUUAGCUGUAUUUGGUAUGAUAAAAAGAAACUGUUCCGAUUUUUGUGAUCCACUUGCUCUUAAAUGUCUAUAUAGGUACCUCACUAGUAGGUUUAUAUGUCAUAAAUGUAAUAUUCAAAGAACUCCUCACUCUGGUUACGAAAAAAUUUUAAAAUUGUUAAACUUAAAAUCUUUAAAUGUACGUAGAAACUCAUGAUACUACACGUUUCUCACCAAAUUGCUGAAUAAUGAGAUUGAUGAUUCAUUUUUAUUAAGUCAAUUAAAUAACCACUACACUCGCAACAAUCAUUUAUUUUAUAUUCCUCAUUCAUCUAAAAAGUAUACGUCAUACGACCCCAUAAAUAUUUUGAUGUCUUCGAGGAAUAGUAAAUUAUUUUAAUAAACAUUGAAUGUAUUUUUA